AUGUUAGGAGUCGAAGCAGAAAAAGAAAUAAUUAAAAUACCAUUAUCUGAUAGUACAAUUAGUCGUAGGAUUAUACAUAUAUCAGAGGAUAUUGAGGAGCAGGUUAUUGAAGUUAUAAAAAGUGGAGAAUUAUUUGCCUUGCAAGUUGAUGAAUCAACAGACAUAAAAUUAUCUGGGACAACAACUGGUCGAGAUGUUUUUGAUGUCAUAAAUAAAUAUUUUAAAAAUUAUGGUAUAUCGUGGACUUCUUGUGUAAGUAUUUGUACAGAUGGGGCGCCAUCAAUGACAGGCUCUAUUAAAGGAUUUAUUACAAUUGCCGAAAAUCAAAAUCCAAAUAUAAACACAACACACUGUUUUUUACACAGGGAGGCAUUAGUAGCAAAAAGUAUUGUUAAUGAAUUAAAGAUUGUACUUGAUUAA